AAAAAGACAGUCCGUGAAUGGCUGAAAAAAAUAUUCACUUUUUUUAUACAAAAAAAAAAGCAACGCUCGAGCCAAAGUGCAAUAGAUGUGUUGAAAUACCUUUCACGUUUUUACAGAAAUGGAAGCAGAUCAACGAAUCGUCUUACCCGGUGAUAAAAUUGACAUUACUGAAGGGGCUGUCAUUUUAGGCCCUGGCUUACGACAGGAAGGCGAUGAUAUAGUUGCAACGAAAGCAGGAAUCUUGCACCAUUUGGAAGCAGGAAAUAGAUAUUGGAUCGAAAGCAAUCAGAAAAGAUACAUUGCAUCUGCUGGAGAAUCUGUCAUAGGUAUCAUAUUAGCGAGAAUGGCUGAGUAUUAUCGUGUGGAUAUUGGCACAGCACAAUCAGCAAUACUGCCUGUAUUAGCCUUUGAAGGUGCAACAAAGCGUAAUAAACCCAAUCUAGCCUUACAAUCACUUGUAUACUGUCGAGUCUCCAUGGCAAACCCUGAUAUGGAAUCAGAAUUGGAGUGCAUUAAUCCCACAACUGGUAAAGCAGAUGGCUUUGGUGAGCUUUCGGGAGGUUACAUGUUUAAGUGUUCCUUAGGUCUUUGCAGAAGAUUGUUAGAUCCAAAUACACCUAUCUUGACAUUGCUAGGCGAACAUUUUGCUUUCGAAACAGCGGUUGGAAUGAAUGGACGUGUUUGGAUUAAAUCAGAGGAAGCAAAAAUAACAAUUCUAAUUGCAAAUGCUAUACAAAAUUCGGAAUAUCUUAGUGUUGAUGAAUGUCGGCAAAUGGUCGAGGAGCUUGUUAAUAGAUUGUAAAGUACUCAAUGAUAUCCCUCCUAUACAAUCUCCUCACCUCUUUUGGUUCUCUGUUGUUCUAUUCUCUUCGUACAUAUAUCACUCAAUAAAAUGUUUAUUUCACGAGGUAAGAGGAUAUACGCGUGGCAUAGAGUGAGCCGAUCAAAUAAAGUUGCUGGCAAUAGUAACACAGGCCAGCUCAAAAUGACUUGAUCUGCCUUUUGCUGAAGCGGCGUUUGAAUAUAAUCAGAAACAGUAGAUUAGAUCUUUGUUCAUUUGACUUAAAAAUCUCUGUGGAUCAAAUAGAAAGUGUGG